UCUAUCUGUUAUUCUUCUUACAAUUAAGAAAUCAUUAAGCCUCGAGAUAAAACGACUGUGACUUAAAGUUAGUUGACUUAAUUGAGGAUUUUGUUAUUUCAGAAAAUAUCACAGCUUCAUAUAAAUCUGUGAUGUGGACAAAAUGUAAUGUAAUCAAAACACUAAUCUAAAAUAUUUCUUGAAAACAAAAACUAAAAAAAACACAUUGUUUCUUCCACCUACUUUAUGAUUUUCAUCCAAAUCGUCUUCAUCUUUAAUGAAAUUUGAAGUGGUUAAAAAAGGAAUGCAUUUCUUGCUGCAGAUUGUGACUUAACCGCCACUUUGAAUUGAUAUAAACAUUUAAUGCAGCAAUUAAAGUUUUUUUUUUUUUUACUGCAACUGUCAAGUUACCAUGUAUUUCCUAGUAAUUAGCCGUUAGAUUGGUGUCAUCACACUCAACCUCCUGUUAGUUCACAUUGAUUAGUUCAAAGCAGCAAGUGAAUGUCAUGGUGUGGCCUUACUGUGUGUGUGUGUGUGUGUGUGUGUGUGUGUGUGUGAGAGAGAAGCCAUUUGGUGCCACGUCUCUUUAAGGUUUACAUUUUGUGAUAUGCCCAUGACAAACACACCCCCUGUUCCUGUUCCCCUCCUCCACCGCUGCUGCAGCUGCAACUCGUGGGCCCAGGCAGCACAAGAGAGCCUGUCACUGGUGAUAGUGGAUUUAUCUCAUAUAGAAGAACUCCAACUAAACACUGCCUAUCUCCCAGAAGGCGCCAUCACGCACUGCUGAACCGCAAAGCGCUCCGUAAUGAAACAAGACAAAAACACAAGGAUGAAACAUGCUCCCUGGCCCCAGACGGCACACACCUCUCUGAUACCCAUGCUAACUCACUUCCUGUGUCAUGUUUUCUGACAGAAAAUGCCACUAGAUUAUAUCCAUGUAAAACUCCUGGAUAAAAAGUGGUGCUAUCCCAAAGGUUUAAAAUGAUUGACCAUAUGUCACAGACCAGUCCGAUAGCAUCAGAUGCACUGUAGUUUAUUUUAACAAGCUACUGAUGUGUAUCUUCCAUCUCUGGGGAACAAAUCAAAUCAAAGUAUUUUUUACACAAUGAAAAAUAAACCCAAGCACCAGAGUAGGAUUAUUUAAGCAUUUUUUUUUUUCAAACACAUCUAUAAUGCUGUAAGAUAAGCCAUUAAUGUAAUUUGUAUGGGAAUGAUGAACAGAGUGAUGUCCGUUUCUGCUUGAGCAGAUCAUCAGAUUUGUCAAAUGCUUCAGUGGUUUUUGAAUAUGUAAAGAUCUCAGCUCAACCGCCGUGCCUGACAGUUUGACGGCUAUGGCAUAAUAAGCCCACAUAAUUGGUUUAUAUUUAGUUAGACUGCACACUAUCAUUCCUUGACGGCUUGAAAAUUGUGUCAUAUCCUAAAUGCUACUCUUUGUGCAGACAAAUUGCAUGGCAUUUACCUAUGACAGUUUUCCCACUGGUACACGUCUUAUUUUACAACUACAAUAUUGUACUCGCUCUGCUUACAUUUUUAGCACAGUUUAGGAAAGUGUCACAUUCAUAAAAGCCACUGUCUGGCGGAAGUCUGGUAGUUUUAUUUGUACAGAUGUGGUCUCGAUGUGGUCCAGAUUAAACCCUGUCAGCCGGUGUUGUUUGCCUUGCUGUGAAGGUAACACAAUGCGUUACUGCUAUAGUAAACGACAGCUCUGAAUAGAGCUACGUCAGGUUAUGGCAGCUCACUUACUUAAAGCCAUUCAGUGGGGUUAUCUGGGGUCAAACAUGCCCUAAAGCUACUGAUUUUAUUGCAACACAAGAGCCCAAUAUGUAGUGUUGUAAUGGUGUUGUUACUUUACCAUUUCCCCAAGGAAACAGUUUCUUUACAUUAAAAGUUUUUAUACUUAAUAAAGAGUCUGUUAUUCAUACAUUAGUACUUUUCUUAGGAACAGUCAUUAGCAUAUUUAAACCUGUAACUACUCUGAAUCUGGUGAUAUAACUUUGAUAAGGAAAAAAUCUGAUGAAAUCCUUAGAAUCUCAAAACAAGGGUUUAUUUAAACAGGUAAACCUAAACUUCCUCUGCAACACAUGGCUACAGUGAACAAAUGACUUGUGGAAUUCAGAGGUCAUGAACCCUUGGUGAAAGGACAGACCAAUGUUUCAGUGUAGCUAACAUCUGCUUUCCUAAAAUGGGUGGAAACAUUGUAUAUUAGAGAAAUGCCGCAACGACAGAUGAUUUGAAACUAAGUGUAGAAGACACUGACCCAAUUGUUCAUUUCAAACUGUAUACCUAACUCUCAGAAAAUGAAAACCGUGUCAAACAAACAAAAUUCCACCCACACCAUAUGGCUUCCAAGAUUUAAUGAAAGCAUUACAGACUUGCUGCAAUAGGAAAUGUAAUUUCCUUUUGACUGUGGGUUAUAGAGGCAGAACCUUUAUGUGGCUAAGUUAUGAGCUAUUUUUAUGUGUUUUUUUUUUUUUUUUGUGAAGCUUGAAGAUCACUCCAUUCUCAUUCUAAUUACAAUUUUAUCACUUAAAAUAAACAUUUAAAAUAAAUAUGAUUUAAAAAAUAUAUACAUAUAAUAAUUACAGGGAUUAAUAUAGACUACCAUUCAACAUUUUGGGGUAAAUAUAAAUAUUUUAUUCAGCAAGAAUGCAUUCAAUUGAUAAAAUGUGACAAUAAAGGUAAUUAUAAUGUUACAAAAAAUUACAUUUCAAAUAAAUGCUGUUCCUUUGUUCUUCUUUUCUACUUAAUAUUCAUUGAAGAUUACUGAAAAAAGGUAUUACAGUUUGCACAAAAAUAUUAAGUAGCACAACUGUUUAAAACUAAAUCAUUAUAUUAGAAUGAUUUCUGAGGAUCAUGUGACACUGAAGACUAAUGGCUGCAGAAAAUAUAGCUUCGCCAUCACAGGAAGAAUUGACAUUUUUAAAUAUAUCAAAAUAGAAAACAUUUUAAAUUCUAAUAACAUUUCACAAUAUUACUGUUUUUGAUCAAAUAAAUGCAGCCUUUUGAGACUUAACUAUUUGACUACAAACCUUUGAAUAGCAAUGUAAAUACUAAAGAAGUACUACUUUUGAUGAUUCAUCGUGAUCCACAGUAAGCAGUUACCAAAGAGAGACACUGUGUUCUGUGGACCUCAUCAUCUCUCAUCAUUCCACAUUAGUGGAAUUACUGGACAGGUGAUGACAGUGCAGGCUGCUUGUUUGGGACAAAGCUGAAAUUGUCUGUGUCUGCUUAUACUCCCCUGUGCCAAACGGUAUAAAUCUGUCACCGCUUGGAAUCAAUACAUAGGGCUGGUGUGUUAGCGAGUUUUAUGUCUGUGUGGAAAUGAUGCCAAAACUCCUGUCUUGGUUUUGUUUAUUGCAGAUGAAAUGUAACCCAGGUUCUGACAUGAGAUGAACCCAAAACAGUUGGCAGCAGCAACAAAUUAGCAGUCUGUGGAGGCAUUUCCUAAAUCAAAGUUAAUUUGAGAAUGAGGAACAAGUAUGCAGUCAUCAUUAUCUGCAUUGUGGCACUUGUCAUCAUUGAAAAAGAAAACAACAUUAUUUCAAGGGUCUCAGACAAGCUGACACUUAGACGGACCCCACAGACAGAGCCUCCAGUGCCCUACAAUGCUUCCAGCGCUCUGGUAGUAAUGGACGACAACAGUUCCUAUCCAGAGGACAUGUAUGCUGAGAACGGCAUUCAGGCAGGCCGAAAGCACAUCCUCUUGAUGGCUACCACUCGUACAGGAUCUUCCUUUGUGGGCGAGUUCUUCAACCAGCAGGGUGGAAACAUGUUUUACCUCUUCGAGCCGCUGUGGCACGUGGAGAGGAUGCUAUCGAUUGGCUCGAGUGGCACAAAUGCCAGCACUUCAGUUUGGGUGUACAGAGAUGUCCUACAGCAUCUCUUCUUGUGUAACUUCUCAAUGCUGGAGCGCUUCAUCAGCCCUCCUCCACAGGACCAUGUCACCCCUGCCCUGUUCCGCAGAGAGUCCAGCAAGGCCCUGUGCGAGGAGCAAGUCUGCUCUCCGGUUGUAAAAGAUGUUUUUGAGAGGUACCACUGCAAGACGAGACGAUGCGGGCCGCUCAAUCUGACCUUGGCUUCGGAGGUCUGCUUAGGAAAACAGCACAGGGUGAUCAAAACAGUGAGGGUCCGACAAUUAGACACACUUCGUUCUCUAGUAGAGGACCCUCGGUUGGAUAUCAAACUCAUUCAGCUGGUUAGAGACCCUCGAGCCAUCCUGGCAUCAAGGAUGGUGGCCUUUGCAAGUAAGUACCAGAACUGGAAAAGCUGGGCAGUGAAUGGAGACAUUCCUAUAGAGAACGAAGAGGUCAAACGUCUCGAAGGAAACUGUAACAAUAUCCGCAUCUCUGCCGAGUUGGGCUUGAGUCAGCCGAAAUGGCUGAAAAACCGUUAUAUGCUAGUACGUUAUGAGGAUAUCGCCAGGUACCCCAUGCAGAAAGCAGCAGAAAUGUACAAUUUCACAGGGAUUCCGAUGACGACACAAGCACGGGAUUGGAUCCUCAAAAACACACAUGCCUCAACCGAGGCAAGCGGUGUGUAUUCCACCCAAAAAAACUCUUCAGAACAGGUGGAGAAAUGGCGGCUUGGUAUACCGUUCAAACUGGCCCAAGUUAUACAGAAAGUUUGUGGACCGACCAUGAAACUUUUUGGGUAUAGGUUUGUAGACAGUGAACAGACACUAUUGAACAGAUCUUUCAGUUUGCUUGAAGAAAAACUAUAUAUUUAGGCAUAGGCAUUUUUUGAUGCAUACAUUGUUACAGGAAAACCAAGCGUGAAAUGUGACAAGGUUUUGUUUUUAUAUGUGGACUAAAAAAUAUGCAUAGCAGAGACACACUGUAGCACACUGGGAUGUUGCUUAUACUGAGGCACUUGUGGCAUGCAUCACCUGAAUUAUUUGAUAAAGCCUAACUGAAAUUAUGAGUGAAUGAUUCUAGAUGCCUUCAUAUGAAAAAAAAAAAAACGUUUGAUGAGGAUAAAAAUCAUCUGUACUCAUAAGAUGAGAAAUGAUCUGACUUUGAAUGUGUAUAUUUGUGUCUGGAAACAGUGUUUCCUUUUUAUGAAAAAAGCUAAAAGAUCAUUAUUACACAAAAAGGGAAGUGAAACAAGCCGGCAUCUUAUUUAUGUGUUGUGCUGCUGCUAAAGUUAUGUUCGCUCACCAGAGCCAUUUCAAAUUGCUUUGUUGAAAUUAAAACCCAAAAACUGGCUUUGAGAGUUUUUGUCAUCUCUCAUUAUUGUAAGAUAGAAUUUUUUAACGCAUCUGGAUUAAAAAACACUGUGUGAAGAGGCAGUCAGUAUAGAAGAGGCAGUCAGUAUAAAAGGCAGCUUUUGACAGCCAGCUGUGAUCCCAGAGUACAAUUGUAGUAUUAUUCUCAAAAAAAAAAAAAAAAACUGAAGCGCAGAAUAGAUCUUUGACCACGCAAGUUUUUAAACGUUUAAUAUUUUAAACCUUUUUAAAAAACAAAAAUUCAAUAUGAGAAGUAAAAUAAUAACAACAGAAACAGCAAAAUACUGAAGAAAACACCAACAUUUUCCAAGAGCAUCUGCUCUUCACUAUACAAGCAUAGCAAACAAGAGAAAAAGCAGCACCAGUUUCUUUAGGACUUUUGAAAAGCAUAGCAUUCUUAAAAUAGCUGAAUAGAAUUUAGUUUCAACCAAAGCCCUAAUUCCAAAACUAUUUCAAACAUCACAUAUGUUUUAUUUUUAGAAUGACCAUCUGUGAAAUAUUGUUAGGAAACACAUGAAGUCUUAUAUGACAGCAUGACAUAAAUAUGAAAUCUACACGGACAUUCUGGGAACAGUGAUGUUUUCUCUGCCCACAUAAUUUUACAAUCUUAUCUCAACACAGAUUUACUGAGAACCACUGAUGUUCUCUAUGCACAAAUAAAAUUACUAACCUUAUCUUGACUAAAUAUCCACUUCAUCCUCAAACUAUUUCCUGAAUUUCCUGGCCAUGGAGACCUAGUGUAUGCCAAAGCUUAGAUGUCUGCAUUAGCAACACCGUGGUUCUUUGAAAAGAGAUACAGUAGUAUCUUCAUGCUUUAUGCUUCAUUUCCACUGCAAGCAAGCAGCACAUCAUGCAGAAUACAUUGCUCUUCACAGAAAGAGUUGCUUCUCAGAACAAUAAGCCAUGAAAACACAAAUGUAUGUUUCUAUUUAAUUGUACUGCUGCUAUCUGUUUGCAACAAUAAAUAAUUUAAGAUCCGCUAUUGCAUUCGCUGGCACUAUAAGAUAAAUGUGCAUUCAAGAGUCUAACAUCUGUUAAACAAAGAACGAGAGAGAGAGUGCAGAGUGUCUGUCUACACACUGGUAUUUCACAAAAUAUGGGUUUAUUAUGAUUCACCAGUGUUGCAAUGUCCCUUGGAAUCAGAAUCCCCGAUUUAAUGAGUCUAUAGGGAAAUCUGCAUUGACAAAACAGUGAAGCUGCCGCUCUGCUUCAGCGUACGCGCUGUGAUCGUCGCAUAGCCCUCGUGAAAGCUGAUUUCUACAAGAACAAACCGAAAAAUCAGUUCUCUAAGUGACACUGAGCAUAAAGUGUGAUUUAUACCUGCAGGAUUUCUGUUGCUAGUUCAUGUUGAGGACAUAUGCAAAUGCAUGUUUCAUUGACACGAGACUUUCCUCCCCACAAAUCAAUAUCAAACACAUCUCUGAUGUUCAUAUAUGCCAUAAAAGGCCUAUGAAAACAAAUGUCACAGUAUUGUCUUUUCUAAGUAUGUUUUCUUUAACUGAUUCUUGACUGAUUUGGGACUAUACUGUGAGAGCGUUGUGCAGGCAGUGCAACAGGAAAUCAGCCUCGAUGUGUAUGUGCAUGUGUUCCACUCUCUCGGGAUGUGCCACACCUUCUAAGUAGCGCUCUGUUCACACUAGGGCUCAGACGGCCGUUGAACAGGCCUUUCAUACUGUCCUUCCAAAGCUUCCAGUCUCUAAAGCACACAGCGCUGCCUGUUUAUAGCUCAGAAGCCUGCUGGCCUGCUACAGCCUGAGCUGACUAAUCAUAUGCAACACAGAGGGAUUAUUCCACUGACUCCAAUUGACCCAUUGAUGCCUCGCAAAUAACGUGAGGAAAAAAUAACAUCUGAAACCAGACAAAAAGGUAUCUGUGAGGGGGAAAAAAGGAUGUGUUUAUGGAAAAAAAUCCCUUUCAGGAUAUUUCUGAGUUGUUGCUUAGUCAUGCAGUCUUGGGUCUCACUGCUGAUGUUUAUCUUUAGUGUCUGGGUGAAGUCUGCACUGGAAAAGUGAGGGAAAUACGUGGCUUGACCAGAGAGAGAGAUGGUGUGAGAGAGAGCUCUGACUUGUCUGAUUAUGCCAAUAAUUACCAUCAACAAACAAUAAAUACAGGGACUGGAAAGCCCUCCAAAUGAUGAAGUUUCCAUUCAUCAUGAUCUCAGUACUUAUAUUGCUUAACAUUACUGUUAAUUACAGAGUAUUGUGAAUUGUGCAGUUGUGUGUAUAUUCAAAAUACAUUACAAAAUAACUGGCCAUCCUGGGUAUAAAAUGUAGAUUAUACAGUAAUUAUAUAAAUAAUACUGUAUAAAUAUAUAAAAUGUAAAUAUUGCAUAACCCUUUAAAUGUUAAACAAUAAGAAAAACUUCCCAAAAACGUUAGUCCACAAAAAAUGAAAAUUCUUUCAUCAUGUACCCUCAAGUCAUUCCAAGCCGUUAUGACUUUUGUUCUUCUGCGGAACAUAAAAGAAGGUAUUUUGCAGAAUGC